UGGAGACUAGAGAGAGAGAGAGAGAGAGAGGCGCGCGAGCGCACACACACACACACACUCUGAGAGCAGACCCGGCUGCUGGCUGUACGAGAGGAGAUAGACACAAGCAGACAGACGCACACACACAUACACGCUCGGGGAGAGUUUCCUGCGAAGGCGCACGCGGUCUGGAUGCGGGAGCGCGGCUCCGGGAAGCACCGGGAGCGGCGGCACGAGACGAGCGUGUGCGGACCGAGCGGCUCGCUGUGGAUCUUCUCUGCGUGGAGCUGCUCGGAGCGGCGGCGCCGCGCGCCCGCGGAUAUGGACAGUGCGGAGGAGACGGCGAAGACGCGCCCGUGCCCGAGAGCGAGAGCGUGAGCGUGCCCCUCGCUCGCCUUUGAUGAGGCACCGCCGACGCGCCGCUCGCGCCCGGACACCGCGGAUUACAGUCGAGGAGGAGCCCGAGAGCUCGAGCCCGGCGUCAUCGCCCUCAACGUCCUCAUCCUCAUCCUCGUCCUCAUCAUCAGCAGCAGCAGCAGCAGCAGCAGCAUCAUCAGCAGGAGUCGCCGCCGCCGCCGCCGCGUCCGGAGGAGGGAGUCCCGCGCCGACGACAGCAUGGAGACGGUGAGCCGCCAGAGCUUCCAGCCGCAUCCCGGCCUCCAGCAGACCCUCAAGCAGUUCCACCUGAGCUCCAUGAGCUCCCUGGGGGGUCCGGCCGCCUUCUCGGCGCGCUGGCAGCACGAGCUGCUCUUCAAGAAGGACGCGAAGGAGCCGGAGCCGGCGCUGCACGUGCCGCCCGCGCAGCCGCCGCCGCCGCCCGUCAUGCCGGGCCCGCUCUUCAUCCCGUCGGACCGCUCGACGGAGCGCUGCGAGACGGUGCUCGAGAGCGAGCCCAUCUCGUGCUUCGUGGUGGGCGGCGAGAAGCGCCUCUGCCUGCCGCAGAUCCUCAACACGGUGCUGCGCGACUUCUCGCUGCAGCAGAUCAACGCCGUGUGCGACGAGCUGCACAUCUACUGCUCGCGCUGCACGGCCGAGCAGCUCGAGAUCCUCAAGGUGAUGGGCAUCCUGCCCUUCUCGGCGCCCUCGUGCGGCCUCAUCACCAAGACGGACGCGGAGCGCCUGUGCAACGCGCUCGUGUACGGCGGCGCGUACCCGCCGCGCUGCAAGAAGGAGCUGGCGGGCGCGGGCGCGGGCGCGCUCGAGCUCGAGCUCACCGAGCAGAGCUUCAAGGUGUACCACGAGUGCUUCGGCAAGUGCAAGGGGCUCUUCGUGCCCGAGCUCUACUCGAGCCCGGGCGCCGCCUGCAUCCAGUGCAUGGACUGCCGCCUCAUGUACCCCACGCACAAGUUCGUGGUGCACAGCCACAAGGCGCUCGAGAACCGGACUUGCCACUGGGGCUUCGACUCGGCCAACUGGCGCGCUUACGUGCUCCUCAGCCAGGAUUACACGGGCAAGGAGGAGAAGCGGCGCCUCGAGCAGCUGCUGGACGAGCUCAAGGAGAAGUUCGACUACGGCAACAAGUACAAGAGGAAAGUGCCCAAGGGUUCCGAUCCGAUUCCGGCCAAGAAGUCCAAGCAUGAGGACGCGCAUUCUCCAUCAGCUGAUAAGGAGAAGCAUCAGCCCGACUGGCUGCUGUCCCUCUCGGCAUCCGCCAACAAGGGCCUCUGUCAGGCCAGGCAGCGGCCGUCUGCCUUCCGGCCCUGGUCCCCCAGCGUUUCGUCCAGCGACAAAGACUUGAGCUCCCGCCUGCCGGCUGUGCUGCGAGACAGCAGCUUUUACAACUACAAGAGUCUAGAGAGUUCCGUGGCACCAAACGUGGCCCUGACGCCCGUACCGCUGCAGAAGGUGGGCCAGCUCUCCCCGUCGGCAGCCAGCACGUCCCACUGCAGCGGGGAGGACGCCAGCGGCUCGCGGCCGAGGAAGAGGAGGGUGACGGGAGAUGUCCAGCCGGCGGCGGAGCAUGCCAGCACCUCGGCGGCGGCCAGCAAGCCCCCUCAGGAGGACAAGGACUCGGAGGUGGAGAUCGAGGUGGAGAGCCGCGAGGAGUUUACCUCCUCCUUGUCCUCUUUGUCCUCGCCUUCCUUCACCUCUUCGAGCUCCGCCAAGGACCUCAGCUCUCCGGGCACCCAGUUCCCGGUCUCCACAGCGGCGAGCCACGAGGGCCUGGCACCGCCUGUGGAAAGCCACGGACCGGGCCUGGAGUCAGAACUGGAGGCCCUGAGGCAGGCUCUGGACAGUGGCCUGGACUCCAGGGAGGCCAAGGAGAAGUUCUUACAUGAGAUCAUCAAGAUGAGAGUGAAGCAGGAGGAGAAGCUGGGAUCAGCGCUGCAGGCUAAGCGCAGCCUCCAGCAGGAGCUGGAGUUCCUGAGAGUGGCCAAGAAGGAGAAGCUGCGGGAGGCUACGGAGGCCAAGCGCAACCUGCGCAAGGAGAUCGAACGGCUGCGCGCCGAGAGCGAGAAGAAGAUGAAGGAGGCCAGCGAGUCACGGACGCGGCUCAAGAGGGAGCUGGAGCAGGCCAGGCAGCAGCGAGUGUGCGACAAGAGCUGCGAGGCGGGCAGGCUGCGGGCCAAGUACUCGGCACAGAUCGAGGAGCUGCAGCUGAAACUGCAGCAGGCGGAGGCGGACCGCGAGCAGCUGAGGGCGGACCUCCUGCACGAGCGUGAGGCUCGCAAGCACCUCGAGAAGGUGGUGAAAGAACUGCAGGAGCAGCUGGGGCCCAAAGACGCCCAGGCUUGAAUAGCCCAAACCGAGCCGGACCCAGAACCAGGAGCGGAGAAGGAGACGGAGAGAAUACAAAGCAGAUUUAUAUUGUACCUAUCGAGCAGAUGCACACAUACAAAAAAGUAUACGCGCUUGAACGGAAACUUGGAAAGGGCAAGAGGACUAUAGAACUAUGAAUUUACCAGGCAGAAAAUGUGUUACUAACAUAAGCACUGAAAUGCACCUCUCAUUCAAGAAAGAAAAAAUAUACAAAAAUUGUUAAAAAAAAGAAAAAAAAAAAUCUAUAUAGCACAAGAAAUUUAUUGUGCCUGUAUUUUCCCUGAAAAUAAGAGACAAACUGAAAAAAUACAUUUUGGAUACAGACUUUUCUAUGAUAAAAAUAUUAAAAAAAUGAUACUACCGAAUGGAAAUGUUAUUGGAUGUAUCGUAAAGAGGCGGGGCAGAGCGAGUGGAACGGAACUUGUGAUCGGCCUGGACAAUGAGCAAGAGGCGGGGUUUCCCACAAUGCCCCUGUGUUUUUUUUCUUUUUGUGAAGACGUCCGAGGAUUUAAUUUUGUAAUAAGCUAUUUAAGAGACUGCAUAGUAAGACUUGCGUGUAUAUGAGAAAAAAACAAAAUGAGUUUGUUUGCGUGGAUGGAGCCUCAAAAUACAAAAGGAUUUAAAACAACCUGGCAAGCAACAAGCAGGACAGAUAUCCCACCGCUGCCACCAUCUUUCAGCGGUUGGUGCAGACGAAGAAGCCAUUAUUAACCAGGUGGAAAGGAAACGUUUAAUUUUCUUUUCUGUUCAUUGCUGUUGGAGAAAUACAACAUAAAAGGUUUACAGUGAGAAGAGGAGGAGAUGACCAUGUUGGUUCAGACCAUCCUCUUUCUCUGCAGUUUGGAAAGGACAAAAUAUCUCUAUUGGAGGGGGGGAAAAGUCUUGUGUUCCAGGCACCCUUUGAAAUUGAGCACUUCUUUUACGUAUGAACAGUACUCCCUACAUACGCACACACACACACACACACACACACACACUCGUACACACAUGUGGGUCUGCAUCAAACCAAGUACGACUCGUGCCCCCACGGAGUCUCUAUCCGAGACUUGUGGUAAAUUGUACGUAUCGAGUUCCCGAAACGUUUGACAAAGCUAGCAUGACGGCGUUUCAUAUUCAUAACUUUUGCUCCCUACAGUUAUGAAUGAUCAUUUUUAAAUACUAUGAUUUUAGGGCUAGAUGCUGCACCUACAGUAACAGCAAGUCGUUCUAUUUUUAUUUUGAGAUGUAAAUAAAUAUGUUGGAUUUUUUCAACUUUACAAUAAUGAUUCGCACUUUGUAAACCCAGAAACGUUUUUUUUUUUUUCCCUGCAUUUUAAUCCACUUUUAAUCUUCGUCUUUGAGGACAGCGUCCGUCAACAUUUUCCUUUUGGACAAAAUGUGAUUACGAAAACAAGACAUCGUCUGAUUCGUUUGUCCAUAUGUACUUAAUUUAAAAACCAUGUAAUUAUCACGUUAAUGCCCUAAUACUGUAAAUAAAAAUGCAACAGUGUGUUUGUACGCUCGCUCAGCACCUGCAAUUUUACUUGCUCCUGCUCCAAGGCAUUUGGGAAAUUGAUUUUUGUGAAUGUCUAAAUUUCUGUUCAUUACCGUAUCACGAUGAGUAUAGUUACUAUUGUUAUUGCUAUCAUUUUAAACUCAAACUUUUUUUUCCUUUUUGCAUUAACGGAGGUAGAAUAAAGUUUGAUUAGCAGCAAGAGGUUGUGCACAAUACACUUGGGUGCCAGACUCUCCUAAAAUUGUGGUAUUUAUUCAUCCGAUACAUUGAAAGUGUAAAAAUCGUACAGCGCAGUAAAAAGGAAGUACACAAGAGUGAAAAGAGAAGAGUCCUGGGACACAUUUCGCUCGCCGGUUUAGCUAGGAGAUCUAGAUUGGUAACGUAAAACUGUAUAACUGCUCCUAACACACAGUGGGUACAAUGCAAUCAGAAUGUAUGUGGUGUUUUAUUCUGUUUUCCUUUCCUUGUUGUUCUUGUUGUUUUUAACGUGGGGAUAUUUUUACUGCUUGUCUGUUAUUUCUUUUUCAAUAGCAAAACUCUUAUAUAUUUUCUUUCAUAUGCAUGAAAUUUGACAAGAAAGUCUGCCAUACAUAUUAUUCAUUAUUGGGCAUUAAUACUGUAUAUGUAAGGGUUUUAUUGUGUUAUGCAAUAUACAACUUGUCUUUAAGAAAAAAAAACUAUCUUAAUUUUUUUUUUUAAAAGGAAACUAAACCUCAUCGGACAAGUGACAUACAUACACAGGCAUGCUCAGAGGCGGAGGAAUGUGUGCACAUGUAUGUACCAAGGCGCGCACACACACACACACACACACACACACACACACACACACACACACACACACACACACACACACACACACACACACACACACACACCCCCUGAUGCUCAAAUGUAUGCUGGAAAACCUCAAGUGCCUACUUUUGGGCACAGGGUUUCCAGAGUAAGAACAAGACCGUCAUAGUGCAGCGGUUUCCAUGGUUUCCAGGGCCACCUGACCACCCAACAAGCUAUAGGCCACACGUCAUUAUUUCUAAUUAAAUGCUCUUAAUUGAUUCCUAAUGAAAAGUCUGUUUUUUCCUGAUCAGUUUGCCAUUGGUGAAAAGUGAACUCCACACCAUUUUUUUAAUGACAACGGCUUUUAUCCAUUGAGACCUGUUAAUGGAGUAAUGCAUUCUUGAAUCCAUAUCUAUAUGAAAUAUAAAGGUUACUCCUGACUGUAGGUAUGGAGGAUCUGCUAUUCAAAUUAAUUUCUAUUCCUCGUGUGAUGGACUUUUCCAAGAAACGCAAAGGGGAUUAUAUCACGGUCCGAUGUCUUAACCUGCAUCCUAAAGGGCACUAUUUUCGAAAGGAUCACCACGCAUCUGCGUCUCCUGCAGACUUGAACUUGCAUAGAGGUGGCAAAAUUUAAUUUUUACACUCGAGUAAAACCAUACAGUUUCCUUUAUUAGUGCUUUUUUUCUAUACAAAAGGGAGAUGAUUUCUGCUCGUGACUCUCCCAACCUAGUACCGAUUCAGAGGUUCAACAAUUUGUUUUCUAAACAAAAAAAAAGAAAAACCUUUUUUUUAGACGAAAGACAGUGAAACAGCAAUAACAGCACAUUUUAACAAACAAAACUAGCCAGUGUAAAAAAAGAAUAAAGAUUACAAAUUUACACAUGUAAAUAAUUUUUUCAUUUUACAGCGUUGUAUUAUAACUGUAUAUGGUGUUUCCUUUUUCAAAAAGAAAACUUUUACAGAAUAGCUGUCUUGUUUUAUGAGUUGUGUUUUAACAGAAAAAAGAAAAAAAAGCAAAAAAAAUAUUGCAGUGUGCUAGAGGAUAUACCCUACACAAACAUAUAGUUUUUACCCCAUUAUUUUGCAUUUUUUUUUUUUUUUUUUACUGUAGAAUCUUUUAUUGUAUAACUUUUUUCACCAGUCCAUAUAUAUUUUAACAUUAUAAUAGCGAGUAGCGUACCUUUCCGAUGAGAAGGGUCCGCGGAUCGACCCAAGUACACCCACUUCCCAGCAGAUUCAUUUGCACCCUCAUGUCUCUUUUUUAGCCCUAUGCUGCUGCUAAUAUUAUAUGAACUUUACAACUCUAGAACUAUUUUUAUGUAAGAGGUAAAUGUAUGCUUUCUUGUUUAUUAAUGCCGCAUAUACAGUACGAGACAAAAAAAAAAAAGCUUGGCUUAUUUAUCUAUUCUACCCUUUACCUUGUCUUUUUGCGCCCUUUCCACCCCCCCUGCCCUGACGACUCCCCCACCCCCUCACAACACGGACUAUAUUGUAAAGUAAAGGACUUUAUGAGAUUAUGUUUGAAAAUAGCUAUGCUUAUAUACCACAGUGACUGAAUGUACAGUGUAUAGAUGCAUUACCAGAAAUAAAGUUGUUUGUCCAGAUAAA